AUGCGUUUUAUUGAACUGAACAGCAGUUUGGACAGUUGCGAGCGAAGGAGGAGGUACGAUGGGCGCACACACGUCCCGGCCAACGGUCCCAGUCGGCUUAUUGGCGUUACGCUGACCGUAGUGGCAUGGGGAUUGGUGGUGAUCGUGCUGGGGAAUUGGCGUCCAGUGGUCGAUGCUCAAGGCAUUGCAGCGGUCGAAUCGGAGGGUAACGAGACGACGGAGUACUACCAUCUCGAGAUGGACGCUAGUGCGGAAGUGAAGGAACGGGAAAUGCAAGAGCUGCGCCAGAGGUUGGCCGGUACAACAUUGCGCGUUACUACACUUCAGGACUGGCCCCUCAGCUACACGGUUAAGAUCAACGGUUCGUACAUCGGUGCCGGUGUUGCCUUCGAUCUGCUCGAGUUUCUGAUGGAAAAAUUCAACUUCACCUACGAGCUCGUAAUGCCGGAACAGAACAUCGUCGGUUCGUCCAACGACAUGGCCGGCAGUGUGCUGCAGCUGUUGGCGAAUGGAUCUGCCGAUAUUGCGGUUGCCUUUCUGCCGAUACUGGCGGACGCACGUCAACACAUCCGCUACUCGACCGGGCUGGACGAGGGCGAAUGGAUCAUGAUCAUGGUACGCCCGAUGGAAUCGGCCAGCGGAUCCGGUCUGCUCGCACCGUUCAAUCGGGACGUUUGGAUAUUGAUUCUGCUGUCGCUGUUGGCCGUCGGUCCGAUUAUUUACGGCUUGCUGAUAUUGCGCCACCGGCUCACCAGGGACAAGGAGCAGGUCAUCUACAGCCUGCCGCACUGCGUGUGGUUCGUGUACGGUGCACUGAUGAAGCAGGGCAGUACCCUUUCACCGACGGGAGAUUCUACCCGUAUCCUGUUCGCCAGCUGGUGGAUAUUCAUCACGAUCCUAACAUCUUUCUACACCGCCAAUUUGACCGCCUUUCUCACCCUGUCCAAAUUUACGCUCCCGAUCAACAACGCCGAGGACGUGCGUCGGAAGGAGAAGCAGUUCGUGACUAUCCGUGGCGGUGCGGUUGAGUAUGCAAUCAAAAAUCGCGACGAAACAUUAAACGCCCUCAGUGUGCUGGUCGACAAGCGGCUCGUAGACUUCACGACCAACGUGAACGAUAGUGACACGCUUGCGGACAAGGUGGCCAAACAGAACUACGUAUUUGUCCGUGACCGGCCCGCUAUCGACCACAUGAUCUACGCGGACUAUCUAGUAAGGCGUAAGAUAAAUACACUCGUCGAACGGUUGCACUGUCCGUACGCAACCGCCACCACACCGUUCCUGAAGCGGAACCGUGCUUUUGGUUUCCCGCUGACCACCGAGUGGAAUCGAAUAUUUGAUCCCGAGUUGCUCAAAAUGGUGGAAGGUGGCAUCGUCAAGUACAAGUUGCACGAUCGCUUACCGAAGGCCGAAAUCUGUCCCCAGAAUUUGGGCGGUACGGAGCGCCAGCUGAAGAACCGUGAUCUCGUCAUGACCUACUUCGUCAUGGUGACCGGCUUUGUUACCUCGAUUGUGGUGUUCGUCAGCGAGCUCGGGUUCCGGUACCUAAACCAGCGCAAGCUCAACGAUCUGCUGCAGCAGCAACCGUCCAAAAAGAUCACGACCGAGCGGAUCUCCUACCUGGGGAAACAGUUUACUGCUGGUGAUUCACCACCACCACCGUACGCUGAAAUCUUCAGCCGCCAUCAGCUCGGUGUACUUGGUAGCGAGCGGACCGGUAAACUGUUCGACGACGGUAACAGCGAACUAGCCAAUGGUUCCAACCGACAGAUGAUCAACGGACGGGACUAUAUGGUUGUGCGCGAAAAGAAUGGGCUCGGUUCGAGGCUCAUACCGAUGCGUGCACCAUCGGCGGCCAUCUUUCAUUACACGUAUGCCAACUAA